AUGAAGACUGCCAUAGGGGCUUUCGUUCCUUUCCUCUCUUUGAAUUUCCUCAUUACCCUUCCUUCUCUUACCCAUGCCUCGCCCAACAAGUUGGCAAGCUCAGGUGUCUUGCCUGCUCCAGGUUGUCCAGAGUUCUGCUUAGUUGUUGGUUCAAAUCCGAGUAACUGGACCUGGAUUCCAAUCCUAUUUGACUACCAUAUUGACCGGGACUCGAGCUCUAACUUGGUUGUACGCUCUUGUGCUAUCCUCGAGCCUUUCCCCGAGUAA